UAUCAAUUGCAGCUACUUAUUUCACUUUGUUUCGGAUACUUGGUCACUCUUCAUUGCAACUUCUUCACGUGUACAGUUGCUUAGAAAUUUCCUGUAGAGCGAAAUGAAACGACCAAAUGAGUAAUCGUUGUGGGGCAAAACAAACCUAGUAAAGAAACAUUACGUCAUUGGUUGUACAAUUUCUUGUCCCCAUCUCCCUUGUGACUUGUGUAAUUAUUUGUACGGCAGCAAGUAGUGAAGAACUACUUUAAAUAGCAAUGCAGCUGAGCUCCUGUAGCCUCACACAAAAAUGAGGGACGAAUUUUUUGUUAAUCAACAUGAUGAAGAAGAAAAUAGAGCUAUUUACUACUGGUGGAAAUCAGCAGCAAAAUUCAACGAGUGUGUAAAAUUCAAGUUUGAGAUGCCUAAUUUGUCAAAAAUGACGCCAACCCUAAAAGUCCUAAGGGAAAUGGAGAGGCUAGCUUUAAUGUCCUCAGAGAGUCUUGAUGAGCUACGCCAAAAGCUAAUGUCGUACAGAGCAGGGGAUUUUUGGGUGCCAAUUGGUGGAAUUAACAAAGAAGAUAUUGAUAUUCCACCUAUGAACACUAUAGUGUUGGUUGGUUUUCAUAAUGCUGGCAAAAGUUCACUUGUUAACCUUAUGUAUAGUGUUCUUGGUCGCUCUGGUCUCAUCCCUUUUGCUCAAACUUCUUCAGGAAAUGCUUCUGCUUACACAACUUUGAUCAUGGAGGAGCACAAUGUGCUAAGAUCAACACGAAACGGAUUCUGCAUUUACGAUACAAGGGGUUUCGAUUAUGAUAAGGUAGAUGAAGGUCUUCAAGAGUUGAAAGAAUGGAUGGCUGAUGGAGUUCACAAUAAGAAGCUCUGCUCCAGACCAGGAGAUAUUUUGCCAAAGUUAGAUAGUAAAUUGGAGGAUGCUUCUUCAAUGUUUGUCAAAAGAAAAGUCAAUUGUGUUAUGUUGGUGGCUAAUGCUUCAGAAAUAUACAAGUCUCUCAGAGUUGGUGACUUGAAGCCAUUGGAUGCAUUGAAACAACUCUUCUGCUCACCAGCACUCAAGAAAUCCAAUGGUAACCCCAUAUUGAUCUUAACUCAUGGAGACAAGCUAUCAACCGAGGAUCGAAUAGACUGCCGACUGAAGAUAUGCAAACAUCUUGGUGCCUCAGAGACUACUGGAACGUAUGAUAUAGUUUGUGUGACAGAAUAUGGAUUAUUGGCUGAUGAAUAUGAUCCAAUCACAGCAUAUGCUGUAACUGAAGCAGUUUACAGAGCACUUCUAAUCUCAGACAGGGCUCAACUUGUCAAACAAACAUUCCUAGACUGGGCAUUAUUUGCAUUGUCAUGGCUUAUGUGCUUCUUAGCCGGCAUAUUUGCCUUCCUGGCCCAUGUUUUCAAUGUUCUGGCCCAGAAACAUAAAGGCAAGCUAAAAUGGUGAAGAAAAUCUAGGCAAAUAAUUGUAUUAGUAUAUGUACCCUCCCACCCCAACUGAAGUCCUUGCUAUUGGGUUGGUCACCUUGGAGGUUUAGACAUAAUGAGCUAACUCUAUUUGACCUUCAUAACUAAAAUAGGUUGACAGCUAUGUCCAUAAUGUAUUGGCUAGCUCCAUUUGAUCCUCAUAACUAAAAUAGGUUAAUAAUUGUACUAUCUGUUUAUGAGUAAGAGUACUUCUUUGACAAUAAAUUUGAGUUAAGAAAUGUUA